AUGACGUUGAAUAGGUCAUGUACUAAGAUCUAUCAUGAUCGCAAAAGAAAUCUUGUAUGGAAAGCACAAAGAAAGAAGCCACAAGUUAGAACUAAACAACGACAUGAUAAAGUCUCAAAGAAUCUAAAAACGUGUAAAACUAAUGAGGAAGUAUCAUUGGAUGGAGAGAUGGAAGAAAGUGUGUGA